AUGCUCAAAGUAAGUCGGUAUCAAAAAGUAAUACAAAGGGCGGAGAACUACAUGAUUUUCGCAUAAAUUGGCUUCUCUUGAAGCGACAAUACUUUUCAAUAGGGCUACUUAACUACAGUUUGGAGUACAAACUCAUAGUUUACUGUUGGUUCUUGAAAGGACAAGAAUCGAUAGUAGAUUUAUGUUUUUCCGACGCAUAACACAAUAAUUUUAAUUAUUUCGUUUCUUUGGAAAAUCUUUUAUUUUCGAGGAAAACUCUGUAAAUUCUUGUUUUUGGGUGCAAAACUACAUGUUUUGCUAGUUUUUGAAGUAAAAUUGUUUGUGGUUUUGUCAAACCAAUGUUUUUCAAAUUUAUUUUUAUGUCGUUUUAGAUGCCCUUGUUUGGUAAAUCUCAUAAAUCUCCACCAGACAUCAUCAAGAACCUCAGAGAUGCGUUGUUGGUGAUUGAGAAAGGUGAUAAGAAGUCAGAUAAGGCAGUGGAAGAGGUUAAUCGAUACCUACAGGCAGUGAAGUUAAUUAUUUAUGGCCAGGAUAAUCAAGAACCGCAUACCGAACAGGUAAUUUUUUGUUUUUGUUAUUAUUUUAGGUAUCAGAACAUGAUAGUCGAAGCAUGGGUCUGGGCAUUAGAAGUUAGAAAGUUAAAAUUUUUUAAAGAAAAGUUAUAUUUUAGGAGAACUUUACGUUAAAAACACCUUUUAGAUUCAUUGUUUGCUAAAAUUAUAUAGUUUUUAAGCUUAUUCAUGGUGUUAUAGGUGGCCCAACUUGCUCAGGAAACUUAUAAUGCAAACGUUUUACCUCUUUUAAUCAAGAAUUUGGCCAAGUUGGAGUUCGAGUCGAAGAAGGAUGUUUCUUUGAUAUUCAACAACCUUUUACGUCGACAAAUAGGUACCAGAUCUCCAACUGUCGAGUAUCUGUGUGCUAGGCCUGAGAUAUUGUUUACUUUGGUUAAAGGGUAAGUUAUCUUUUUUUUGAAUUUCAGGCAUGAAUUUUUCUUGGUAAACUUCUGGUUGACUGUCUAGAUUAUAUAAAGUCCGUAGAGGUAGACUUCGUACUCAAUAGUUCACAAUUUGUGUAAUUUGGGAUGUUAUAUUUCUUAUUUAAGGUUGUUUUUCUCAAACUUGCUUUAUUAUAAGUAUUUUAGAUACGAAUGCCCAGAUAUUGCCCUAACGUGUGGAACGAUGCUGAAAGAGUGCAUUAGACACGAACAUCUGGCUAAAGUUAUUUUGUAUUCUGAGCACCUGUACGACUUCUUCACCUAUGUGGAGGUGCCUUCGUUUGACCUAGCAUCAGAUGCCUUCUCUACCUUUAAGGACAUGAUCACGAAGCACAAGACGUUAUGUGCUGAGUUCUUGGAAAAGAACUACGACAGGUUCUUUGGAUGCUACCAGAAUCUGCUACAUUCCGAGAACUACGUGGUUCGACGACAGAGUCUGAAGCUGUUGGGAGAGUUGUUAUUGGACAGACACAACUUCAACGUCAUGACGAGAUACAUCAGCAACCCCGACAACUUGAAGUUGAUGAUGAACAUGUUGCGAGAGAAGAGUCGGAACAUCCAGUUCGAAGCCUUCCAUGUCUUUAAGGUAAACCUAGGUUAAGGUGUUCUGAGUGUUUGCUUAUAAAGUAGUCGAUUCACAGACGAACCUUUAAUAGUACUUCUAAUUCAGUCAUAAAGUUUGCAGAACUGAAUAUUAACCAUGGCGCAUUUGAAUUUUUACACAAGCUAUAAUUUUAGAACGUGCAGACUUUUAGGUAACAAUUUCUCGUUUCAGGUGUUCGUCGCCAAUCCCAACAAACCCCGUCCGAUCGCCGAGAUUUUAUUGAGAAACCGAGAGCGACUGGUCGAGUUCCUGACCAACUUCCACACCGACCGAACCGAAGACGAGCAGUUCAACGACGAAAAGGCCUAUCUGAUAAAACAAAUCCAGGAAAUGAGAGCGUAA